CAGGUCCCGAAAAUAUUCCAAUCCACAUUAUCUUCAACAACUGGAAAUUAUCGAAUCAGGUACACAGAAAGUCGCUUGUACUAACAUGGUCUUGAUAUAAUCAAAGGACAUUUCCCUAUUAUCAUGUUUUCGUCGAAAUACAUUCUACUAUUGUUCAUGGUCGAGGCGACAGAUGGACUCUACAACGCGGCCCGGUUCAAACCUGCCAUACAAAGCAGCAUCUUCUAUCCUUACUACGCCUACUUAGGAGUGGAUGGUAACUACAGCUCUGACGGACUUGAAGGUCAUUGUCAACAAACUCAAAAGGAAUGGAACCCUUGGUGGAUGGUGGACUUGUGCGGUCAGUUCAUUAUAGAGAAAAUACAGCUAACUAACAGGCGAGAUGUCUAUAUGAAUGAACAGGUGGCUUUACGUCUGAGAAACUUUGAUAUUGAAAUUUUUCAAAAAGAUCCGAGACAAAUUUCCACAUUUCCUGAUGUAACUGGCCAAGUCUGCUACCACCAAACUGAUCCACUGGGUCCUGGCACAUUCAACUUUACAUGUCCUGUUCCAAUCGUAGGUAGAUACGUACGCCUAAUUAUGAGAAAUGUCACAGAAAUAUUACAUAUCUGUGAAAUAGAAGUACUAGUCCGUAGUUUCAGUGCUGAAGAAUUGUACUUUAACAAAGUGAUGGACACUAAACUGACUGGCACACCAUUUGAUUCGAUAAACGUUGAUGGACAAAUGGUGUGUGCACAGACAUGUCUGCUUCGUAGGUCAACUGACUUCUGUACUGCUUUCAACUGGGUCACAUCCACAAAUUCAUGUCAGCUUUUCAGUGUCAACCCGUUCCUUGACCUCUCUGCAAACCUGAUCUCCGUUCCAGGAACAUAUUUCAAUAUUCAAAAUUUGGCUCUAGCCGUUGAACCUGGAGUGAAAGAAAUUCUACUUGGAGAAAAUACGCAAACUGAGCAAGAGUUCUGUGAGGCAAGCAGGUGUGGAUGCUUGGAGAAGUUAAAGUCAAGACUUGAUUCCUCCAAACUUUGGCUUUUCAAAAGAUCUGAUGUUUACAAAGGAAGACGAUAUUAUUUGUCCCAACAAGAACCAACCUGUAGGUCUGAAGAAGCAAUGGCGACUUGUGUCUUGUACGGAGGAUAUUUGGCUGAAAUAGAGGACUUGGACGAGUUUAAUUUUAUCAAAAUAUUUGUUCAAAAGUUUAGUGGAUUCCGAUUGAUUCUCAUUGGCGCAACAGACAACGCUCAAGAAGAAGAUUGGAGAUAUAGAACAAACAAUACACUGGUACCAUCAUUUUUAGUUCAAAGUAGGAAAUGGGGAAAUUGUCUUUACCUAUAUGAUGGAUCAGGAUGGUUGGCUUUGGAUGAUUUGUGCUAUUACACAGCUCCUCAAUAUCCAGCACGAUUUCUGUGUGAAAUCCCAGAGGAUGAUGCUGAUUGCAACUAACGAGUCACUGAUGCAACUCUCUAGUGCACAUGGUCACUUUUAUGGUUAUUUUAAGCAUACCUAAUGAAGUUCACCUUUUUAAAUUCAACUAAUGAACAAAUAUAAAGAAUGAAAAAAAAACGUCUAUUAGAGACAUAUAUAUUAAAUUUAGCCCAAUAUUUGCAAUUACUUUUUUUUUAAAUCUGACAAUAAAAAAAAAAAACAAUAAAAAAAAGGAUAACAGCCAAUAGAAAUAAUGGUAAUGUAUUUAAAUUAUGGAUGAGUGCAGUUGUUACGUGUGCACCGUAGAGUAAAUGUGGAAUGGAAUGCGUGUUGAAAGGA